CAGAGAGUGUGUGUCAGACUGACAGACAGACAGUCUUGUUUUUUUUUUCGGGACUAUGGUUCCAGCAGCAUCACUGGAUUAAAACCGCAUCUCUGUUGCGCAAAUACCGCGACCAUGGAGCGGAGCAUCCCGGGCUGGUGCGCUCUGCUCCCGCUGCUGCUGCUGCUGCCGCUGCUGCGCUGCGCCGCCGCAAAGGAGCUGCAGUGCCAGGAGAUCUCGGUGCCUCUGUGCAAAGGCAUCGGCUACAACCACACGUACAUGCCCAACCAGUUCAACCACGACACGCAGGACGAGGCCGGGCUGGAGGUGCACCAGUUCUGGCCGCUGGUGGAGAUCAAGUGCUCCCCGGACCUGCGCUUCUUCCUGUGCAGCAUGUACACACCGAUCUGCCUGGAGGAUUACAAGAAGCCGCUGCCGCCGUGCAGGAGCGUGUGCGAGCGCGCCAAAGCGGGCUGCGCGCCGCUCAUGCGCCAGUACGGCUUCCCGUGGCCGGACCGCAUGAGGUGCGACCUGUUGCCCGAGCAGGGCGACCAGGACACGCUUUGCAUGGACUAUAACCGCAGCCAGACCACGACCGCGUCUCCUGUGGUGGUGAAACCUACGAACCGCCCACUGAAGCCGUUCAACCCGCGGAAGAAGAGCGGCUACGCGCGCGGCGGCGUCCCGGGCAUACACAAGCCGGCGUCCUCUCAGCCUCAGUGCGAGCCCGGGUGCUUCUGCCGCGCGCCCAUGGUGCCGGUGACCGGCGACAACCACCCGCUGCACAACCGCGUCAAAACGGGCCAGAUCCUGAACUGUGCCAUGCCGUGCCACAACCCGUACUUCACCCAGGAGGAGCGCACGUUCACCGCCUUCUGGAUCGGACUCUGGUCCAUCCUCUGCUUCAUCUCCACGUUCGCGACCGUGGCGACUUUCCUCAUCGACAUGGAAAGGUUCAAGUACCCGGAGCGGCCCAUCAUCUUCCUCUCCGCCUGCUACAUGUUCGUGUCCGUGGGCUACAUUGUCCGCUUGAUCGCGGGACACGAAGAGGUCGCGUGUAACCGGGAGAACGGCGCGGAGCACAUCCACUACGAGACCACGGGUCCCGCGCUCUGCACCAUCGUCUUCCUGCUCAUCUACUUCUUCGGCAUGGCCAGCUCCAUCUGGUGGGUGAUCCUGUCGCUCACCUGGUUCCUGGCCGCGGGGAUGAAGUGGGGGAACGAGGCCAUCGCCAGUUACGCGCAGUAUUUCCACCUGGCCGCGUGGCUCAUCCCCAGCAUGAAGUCUAUAGCGGUGCUGGCUCUCAGUUCCGUGGACGGGGACUCCGUGGCUGGGAUCUGCUACGUGGGGAACCAGAAUCUGGACAACCUGCGUGGGUUCGUGCUGGCGCCGCUGGUGAUCUACCUGUUCAUCGGGACCAUGUUCCUGCUCGCCGGGUUCGUUUCUCUCUUCAGGAUCAGGAGUGUCAUCAAACAAGGAGGCACUAAGACCGACAAACUGGAGCGGCUCAUGAUCCGGAUUGGGGUUUUCACGGUGCUGUACACGGUGCCGGCCACGGUCAUCGUGGCGUGUUACUUUUACGAGCAGCACAACCAGCAGACGUGGGAAAUUACGCACAGCUGCACGUGCAGCAGCAGCGGAGGGGGCAGCGCGGACCCGGACAGACUGAAACCGGACUACGCCGUGUUCAUGCUCAAGUACUUCAUGUGUCUGCUGGUGGGGAUCACGUCGGGCGCGUGGAUCUGGUCCGGGAAGACCGUGGAGUCGUGGAGGACGUUCUGCACGCGCUGCUGCUGGGGCAGCAAAGCGUCCGCGGGCUCCAUGUACAGCGACGUGAGCACGGGACUGACGUGGAGGUCCGGCACCGCGAGCUCCGUGUCCUGCCCCAAACAGAUGCCUCUGUCGCGGGUUUGAUCCUCAGAGACUCAGUGGAAAGUGUUUCCACGCAAAACUUUACACAACUUCACGGAGAAUCACUUUUGUUUUAGUCCUUAACGAUGGAAAAUCUGUGCGUAAAAUGCGCGCUUGUGACGUUGUUGUUUUUUUUACUCCAGAAACAGAGGCUGGAAAUAACCCUGCAGAUUAAUAAUCCUGCAGAUUAUGUGAGUCCUGAGUAACUGAACCAGCGAAGAUCAGCUCUUUAUUUGUGUUGAAGGACCGAAGUUGGUUUUGUUUUGGCUGCUCUGGGGAAGAAAUGUUUUCAAAAACAACAACUAAACGACUGUUUCUCAUCUGAAAGGAGAGUCUGUGAAGUAAAGCAGUUUAGAAAAAAUACAAGCCACAAAAGUGGGAAGUUAUUUAUUAAUAAUAAUUGAGGAUUUCUAUGUAUUUCCAUCGGUAAAUGUCUUUAUUUUGGACUGGAACGAGGUUAUGACGUUAAAAAUAUUGAUAAUUAUGGCGAUAAAUGUAAACUGAGUGAAAGUCCAAAACAAUGAUAUGUGUUUGUACAGUGUAUAACCUCUUAUUGUGCGAUUGAAGAACAUAUUCCAUUUAUGUUUCAUCACGAUACUUCACAGACUCUCCCUUUACAUGAAAGAGUGUUUUUAUUUUUUUUGUUUGUUAAAUUAUUUAAUUUGAGUCAAAACAACAACAACUGCCACCUUUGGUCACAUGAGCACUGCCCUGAUAAUAAUAAUUAUUAAAAUAAUAUAUAACAAAUACGUUUUAAUUAAAGUUAUAAAUAAGAAAUAACACAAUAAAAGUGAUUUUUUACAAAAAAAAGAACAUGUGACUGGUUUCAAAAGUGUCAACGUUAAAGUUUGUGCCAUAAAGUCCUUUUUUAAUUCAUUUCAAUUCAAUUAAAAACAACUUUAUUUGUCUCCUGGGGGCAAAUUCAGUGGAUUAUUUCAUUUAAAACAACAUAAACACAGCGACACAAGUGUCAUCGUUGUUUAUUUGUCAAUUGAUAAAAACCGGUCACCUGUUUUUUUGUUGCAAAAAAAUCAGUUUGGGAAGUCAGAGCUCACUCAUCUGUCGCUGUGGGGGGGAGAGGAUAAAGAGAGAGGGAGGGAGUGUGUGACUAAUUGUGUCUCCAUUGUGCGUCAGCGUGUUGUAAUUAGCUCAUUAAUGAAAGCCCUAAUGGCUUCUCUUUAAAUAAUGAGAACUCCCAGCAGCAGCAGCAGCAGCAGCAGAACAAUGAGCCCAGAGGUGGCGUCUUAAUCUGAGAUUAAAGAUUAAACACAAACACAUCCACACAUACAUUUAUUAUAUAUACAUUAUGGUAUAUACUGUAUGAACGUGACGUCAUCGUCUUCUUACUGUUUAAGAAAAACCGCUGUGUCUUAAACUCACUCACACACAGUUCAAUAAAAUGCCUUAUUAUUAACAACAAUAAUGAUAAUAAUGAUACUGUGUCAUAUACGGGUUGCAUCAGCGUGUGUAAAUAAAAGUUGUAUUUAUAUAAUAAUUAUUGUACAUAGACAAGUGUAAAUGUGUGUAUAUGGAAAGUUCUACGGGAUUGUAAAUAUGUAUCAUUGUCACUUUGAUAUAGAAAGAUUCUAUUUUGAGAAUAAAUCGACUUUUUAUUGA